AUGGGUGUGCUGGAGCCUAACAGGCUAAGCAGUGUUUCUCCAGUCUCUCACAUCUUUCCCUGUGUUGCCCCAGGCUCCAACAUCUCACCACGACACGGAAUGACGGAGCACGAGGACUUCGCGAGCUUGGCUGGAUACUGGAACUCCUCCAACAGUUACCAGUUCAGCCCUGCCAGUGUCAUUGUCCCUGUGGUCUUCUCCCUCAUCUUCCUCCUGGGCACAGUGGGCAAUAGCCUGGUGCUGGCAGUGCUGCUGCGCAAUGGGCAAAUGGGCCAAAACACUACCAACCUCUUCAUCCUCAACCUCAGCCUGGCUGACUUCUUCUUCAUUGUCUUCUGCGUGCCUUUCCAGGCCACCAUCUACUCACUUGAGGGCUGGGUCUUCGGCUCCUUCAUCUGCAAGGCUGUCCACUUCUUCAUCUACCUCACCAUGUAUGCUAGCAGCUUUACUCUGGCUGCCGUCUCUGUGGACAGGUACCUGGCCAUCCGCUAUCCGCUGCGCUCCCGGGAGCUGCGGACCCCCCACAACGCGGUGGCUGCCAUGGUUGUGAUCUGGGGCCUCUCCGUGGUCUUUGCUGGGCCCUACCUAAGCUACUAUGACCUGAUUGAGUGGGAGUCCAGCUACAUCUGCAUGCCUGGCUGGGAGGAGUGGAGACGCAAGGUCAUGGACACCAGCACAUUUGCCUUUGGCUAUGUCAUCCCAGUGCUGGUCAUCAGCCUCUCCUACACCAGGACCAUCAAGUACCUGUGGACAGCAGUGGACCCUCUGGAGGACAUAUCAGAGUCCAAGAAGGCCAAGCGGAAGGUAACCAAGAUGAUCAUCAUUGUAACCAUCCUUUUCUGCCUCUGCUGGCUGCCCUACCACGUAGUCAUCCUCCGAUACCUCUACGGAGACUUCCCCUUCAACCAGGCCACCUACGCCUUCCGCCUGCUUUCCCACUGCAUGGCCUAUGCCAACUCCUGCCUCAACCCCAUUGUCUACGCCCUGGUCUCCAAGCACUUCCGCAAGGGCUUCAAAAAAGUUUUCAGCUGUCUCUUGAGGAAAAAGCACCGCAACAAGGUGCAUGUGGUGCACGCUGCCCACAUUGUGCCUGGAUUUGAGGCAGGCUCCACUGAAGUGUCCCAGAUGCAUGAGGAGAAUAACAGGUGCGAGCUGAACCCAGCCUCCAUGGUAGUCCCCUCCAGUUCCUCCAAGCCCCUUCAUAUUUCUUAGUGGCCAAGCUCCACACCAUCUGCCAGCUCGGCUGUGUCACCAGCUUCAGGCCAC